UCAACGUCAAGGUGAAUCUAAACUCUGAAAUUUUCACACCCGCAAUUUUGAAUUUUAAUACGGUGCUAGUUCUGUUGAAUCGAAAUGCACAACCCAGCCGAACAAUUUACAUGUCUGAAUGUUCCAGAGCAAGACGUCAAGGAUCACUUUCAGUAUGCAAAUGCGAAAAAAUCGGCAUGGGCACAGAUAUUGGCGUCAAUAAUGCAAAACUGGCUGUUUAUCGAAAUCGGGCUGGAAUUGGUCAUGCCUACAGUCAUUCUUGGUUCGCUUCACAACAACCCUGCGGAGCCUCUCAACAUGAACGAUGAUCAAGCGUCCUGGUUUGGGAGCAUUCCAGACUUUUGUUUUCCUAUCGGUAGUCUGACGUCGGGGCUGUUGCAAGAUAAAUUCGGUCGGAAAGGGGCCAUGAUGCUCGUCAACAUCCCCAUUUUCAUGGGAUGGAUGCUCCUGUACUUCGCCGAAUCCAUCCACGCGCUCUACGUCGUUUCGGUCAUCAUGGGACUUUGCACGGGUCUGGCCGAAGCCCGCCCUCUACGCCUACAUCGGCGAGAUUGGGGAGCCACGUUUGAGAGGGACGCUAUCUACUACUUCAACAUCCUGUUUUAGCAUAGGUAUUUGCACAAUGUUCUUAUUUGGUUACCUUUUCGAUUGGCGAACGGUUGCUUUAGUGAGCAGUUUAUGCUCUAUCAUCACAUUCACAUUCAUGACUCAGCUGCCCGAAUCGCCAACGUGGCUGAUACUUAGAGGUCGACUGGACGAGGCCAAAAAAUCCCUGUGCUGGUUGAGAGGUUGGGUUAGCUCGGCCGAAGUUGAACCUGAGUUCCUAUCUUUAGUCAAAUACACCGUGAAGUCUGCUCGGCUGAGCCGAGAGAACUCUGCAUAUUCGAGUUUACCGAUUAAAGAAGGCGAACCUGUGGCAAAAAGGGGUGGCUUCUUGAAAGAACAAUUGAAGGAACUGACCAAUAAAAUAACGUUUCGUCCUCUUCGGCUGAUGUUUAUCAUCUUCAUUAUUACCGACAUUGCAUGGGUCUACGGCAUUAAGCUUUAUUUUGUCAAGGAACUCAAAAUGCUGGGGUCCCCUAUUAAUCCAAAUCUUGCCUUGGUAAUUGAGGAUUUCUUCCGAUUUUUCCUUAGUAUGAUAUUUCAUAAAUCAUUCAAAUCGUU